AUAGUCGGUGUAAUAGACACUGCCUUUGGGUUUGUUUUUAUUUUGUCCUUAUGAGAAUUUAAUUUAUUUUUUAAUUUAAGCAUUUAUUAAUGAAACUUUUUCUCGAAAAAUGUUGUUGUCUUAAAAUCCAUUAAACUUAGAUUUAAAUCCUAAUUAUUUUAAAUCUCAAAUUAAAAACUAUCUUCAGUGCAAGAGUUUAAAAAUGUCUAAAGACAAUGAUGAUGCCGUUCUUGGAGAUGAUGAAGAUGUAAACGAUCGGGAAUUUGAGAACAAUGGACACAAACCUGAAAAAAUGUUUACUUUAAAAAAAUGGAAUGCAGUUGCUAUGUGGAGUUGGGAUGUUGAAUGUGAUACUUGUGCUAUUUGUCGAGUUCAAGUCAUGGAUGCUUGUUUAAGAUGUCAAGCUGAAAACAAACAGGAUGAUUGUGUUGUUGUAUGGGGUGAAUGUAAUCAUUCUUUUCACAAUUGCUGCAUGUCUCUAUGGGUGAAACAAAAUAACAGGUGUCCCUUAUGCCAACAAGACUGGCUCGUACAAAGAAUUGGAAAAUGAUUCUAUGUUUCUUGUAUUUAUAAUAUUUCAAUUUGUACAAUGUGUAUUUAAAUAUGUUUAUGAUACUAAAAAUAUUUGCAAAAA